GUAAUGAGAGUAAUUAUUUGAACACAACAGCACUACUGAUUGAUUCUGCCAAUUCAAGCCUUGAAAUCAUUACACAUAGUUUGCUCAUAAAUGAGUCUAUGAAAAAUGUCUCUAUGAAUAUAUCCAUAUCAGAUUUGCCAGGAAGGCCCAAAGAGAUAAGUCACAAUUGUGAAGUUGUGACUGUGCCUGGCAAUUCCAGCCUUGAAAAUGCAACACGUAUUUUGCCCAAAAAUGAGUUAAUGAAAAAUGUCACAGGCAAUGUAUCCAUAUCAGAUCCAUUAGGAUGCAUGAAGGAGAGAACAGGUGUCGAAACACUUUUUGAUGAAUUGACCAAUACAUCGUUCACAGAUAUUUACUCCAGUGAGAUAGGUUCAACUAACCUGUCCUUCCCUGAUAGUACAAUAAAACCAAUCAGUUCUGAUGAGUUAGGUGGUUCAGACAACAGCGAAGAACUCUUUAUCUACCAUAAAGAAAACAUAACACACACCAUUAAAACGUCCUCCAUCAAAUUACAAGGACACAAUUGGACUUAUGAUGGAACCCAUUCUAUAGUACCUCAAGAGAUUCCUGACCACAUGAAGAAAUACUAUGAGAGUGAGGUGCCUCAAACAACUCCACCUCCUAAAAAGUCCAAGAAAGUCAAUCUCCGACAAAAACCCAAAAAAGGCCAUGGCAUGAAAACAAGGAGGAGGAAGGAAUACCAGCCUCAGGCCAGGAGUGGUUUACCCUUCUCACCUCGAGGAUUCAAUCCAGGUAUGAACCCCCGUGGAGCAAGGCCCUCUUCACCACAGCCUGUCUCUGAUGAGGAGCAGUUGAUUAAUAUGCCUGUGGUCAUCGGUGUGCCACGACCUGAUUUCAGUGAGUAUGAUCUGUAUCCCGGAGAUGGACCAGAUCAUCUUGAAGUGAAUCAACCAGAUGUGACCCUAAAUGAAUACGAGUAUGUGAUGUACAAAGACCCAUACAGCAGUCACGAAGAUUUAAAGACUCUUAACCUGGAUGAAAGUAGCAAGUACUAUGGGAAGUUAUCAGGCCCAAAUGUCAAGACAUAUUUUCUUGCUGCAGAGGAGGUUGAAUGGGACUAUGCUGGCUAUGGGCAAAGGAGACUAGAAAAGUCACAAUUUAACAAUCAAGAAACUAAAUUCACCAAGGUAGUUUUCAGAGGUUACCUGGAUAGUAGCUUUACAACUCCUGACAUCCGUGGAGAGAUGGAUGAGCAUCUAGGCAUCCUGGGCCCUGUCAUCAAAGCUGAGGUUGGACAAACCAUCAUGAUUGUUUUCAACAAUAAGGCAACGCGACCAUACUCUUUACAUCCUAAUGGGGUUUCCUAUACAAAGCAGUCUGAGGGUCUGUCCUACGAAGAUGGUUCCAAAUACUGGUACAAAUAUGACAACGAGGUUCAACCCAAUACUACUUUCACAUAUUUAUGGAAAGUCAGUUCUGCAGUUGGUCCAUCAUCAGAGGAGUCUCUAUGUCGGACCUGGGCAUAUUACUCAGGUGUCAAUCCUGAAAGAGACAUUCAUUCAGGCUUAAUUGGACCUUUGCUGGUAUGUCGGGAAGGCACCCUACAGAACAACACUCUACACAGAAUGAGGGAGUUUGUGCUCCUUUUCAUGACUUUUGAUGAGUCACAGAGCUGGUACUACAGCAAGAACUAUGAGCUUGUUCAGCGGAAGAGCCGAAGAAGAAUUAUGGAAACCAACUUCAAGGAGAACUUCAAGUUCCACACUAUCAAUGGAAUAAUAUACAGCCUUAAGGGCUUGAGGAUGUACACCAAACAGCUUGUGCGCUGGCACCUGAUCAAUAUGGGCUCUCCCAAAGAUUUUCAAAGUAUUCACUUUCAUGGACAGACAUUCAUCCACAAGAAGACCAAAGACUACAGACAAGCUGUGCACCCUCUGUUGCCAGGAAGCUUUGCAACAUUGGAGAUGUAUCCAUCCAAACCUGGUCUCUGGCAGCUGGAGACUGAAGUUGGUUUAACCCAACAAAAGGGCAUGCAGACCCUCUUUCUGGUUCUUGAUAAUGACUGCUAUCAUCCACUGGGUCUUGAGUCAGGUAGUGUGAAGAACAAACAAAUCACUGCUAUCAACACCAGAGGUUACUGGGAGCCCCACCUUGCUAGACUGAACAAUCAGGGUAAAUACAAUGCAUGGAGCACUGAGAAGGACACCAGUUGGAUUCAGGUGGACUUCCAGCGACCAGUUGUGAUCAGCCAGGUGGCCAUACAAGGAGCUAAGCAGUUGUUUCAGUCCCAGUAUGUGAAAACCUUUUCCAUCUCGUACAGCAACGACCGCCGAAAAUGGAUUUACUAUAAUGGUGACAGCAGAGAGUUCUGGAAGGUAUUUUCUGGAAACAAGGCAACCUAUGAGACAAAGAUAAAUACCUUUUUUCCUCCAGUAAUUGGGCGGUAUAUUAGGCUCCACCCACUUACCUGGCACAACGCAGCCACAGUUCGGAUGGAGUUCUACGGUUGUGAGCUUGAUGGAUGCUCCUUGCCUCUGGGGAUGGAAAGUGGACUGAUUGAAGACCAUCACAUCACUGCCAGCUCCACAGCUUCUAGCUGGUUGUCACCCUGGAAACCUUCACUUGCUCGUCUAAACAAACAGGGCACCAUUAAUGCAUGGAAAGCAAAGAAUAGUGAUAUGAACCAGUGGCUUCAGGUGGAGCUGCCCGAGAUCAAGAAGAUCACAGGCAUUGUAACGCAGGGUGCCAAGUCUUUUGGGAAAGAGAUGUACGUCAUGUUUUACAGUCUGCAGUACAGUGACAAUGGAAUACACUGGACCCCCUACUCAGAAGAAGAUGAGCCUGUGAAGGUGUUUUCUGGGAACACAAACAACAGCGAUCCUGUGAAGAAUUACAUCUAUCCUCCCAUUUUCUCUCGUUUCAUUCGAAUCAUUCCACAAGAAUGGAUGAACUCCAUCACUAUGAGGGUGGAGCUACUAGGCUGUGACUUUGAGUGACUAAUAUUAAUGUUUUUUAUGAAAAGAAAUCUGCACCGCUAUGC